GUUACCGGUCAUGCUCCUGAAUCUCUAGAUUGGCGCAAGGAAGGCAAGGUAACAGCUAUUAAGAACCAAGGUCAAUGCGGUUCCUGCUGGGCCUUCGGUACUACUGGUACUCUGGAAGGAGCGUACGCAAUAAAACACAAUACCCUCGUUUCGUUAUCCGAACAACAGUUGUUGGACUGCGACAAGAAAAAUAGUGGUUGUUGCGGUGGUUUUAUGGACAAAGCUAUGAUGUGGUUAAUGAAAAAUGGUGGCUCCAUGAGGGAAGUAGAUUACCCGUACAAGUCGCAAGAAGGGAAAUGUGCACAUGAUGAGUCUAAAGUUGCGGUUAAUGUGACAGGUUGCACACAAUACAUUGAUAAGACUGAAGACGAACUGAAGCAGAUUUUGGCAAAUGUCGGACCUCUCGCUAUUGCUGUCGUCGGUAACACAUUCAAUUGUUACACGAAUGGUAUUCACGAAUGCGAUACAUCAGAGGAUGAAAUCAAUCAUGCAGUACUCUUAGUGGGAUAUGGCGAAGAGAACGGCACCCCGUACUGGAUAGUCAAGAACUCGUGGGGUACGGGGUGGGGCGAAGAGGGGUACAUCCGUUUGCCCAUGUACAAGAAUGCUUGCCGCUUGCGCGAGAAUGUCUUUUCCGGCAUUGUUGAAUAG